AUGAAUAAGGAAGUGUGUAUAAGGUUCAAGAAUGUAUGGGAUGCUUUUCCCGAUACAUUGGACAAUAAUAAAAAUUAUCAAUUUAAUGAUUUUGUGCUUUUAAAUAAUGAUUGUAAUCAUAAUAAAUUUUCAAAUAAUUAUUGUAAUAAUAAUAAUAAUUUUCCAAUUAGUUAUUGUAAUGAUAACAAAAUUCGAAAUGAUUUGGAUAAAAUAAGUGCUGGAUGUUUAUAUUUGUUGGAUGAAUUCAUUAAGGAUUGUGGUGUGGUUCCCCCUCCUGCAAAAAAUAACAUCAAUAUUGUUGAUUACAUUUUGAUAUGGUUAAGUUAUAUGUUAAACCUGAAAAUUAGUGAAGAAGAACAAAUUAUAACGUGUUUUUAUAGUGAAUACAUACAUGGUUGUGAUAGGUAUAACACGAAAAUAAAUGAAAUAACUGAUUAUGAUAGUUAUAAGGAUCUUUUAGAUAAAAAAAAUGAUGUGUUGAAUAUGGAUAGUAAUUAUGUACCUAAAUUUUAUGAAGCAUUUAAAUCAUUAUGUAACUUGUAUAAUGAACUUGAUGAUGAAAAAAAAAAUUGCAAGAAUUAUUUGAAUGAUAAUAAUGAAUUUUUUAAAAAAUAUGAAAAACUUAAGAAUGAUUCUGAUAUUGCUGAUAAAAGUCCAUAUAAAGAAAUAUUGUUCACUUUAUCAACUGAUUAUGAUAAUUUAAAAAAUGAAUGUAACGAUACUUCAUCCUCUACAUCGACAGAAACAUUAAAAAAUUCAGAACAACGUUCUGUAGAAAGUUUUAAACAAUUUUUUGCAGAAUUUGGAGAAGAUUUGGGACAAGAAUUUGGACAAGGAUUUGGACAAGGAUUUGGACACGAUUCUGAAUCGGAUUCUGAACUGAGUUCUGAAGCUACACCAUCAAGUUCGUCGAUAGUAAGCAAAUUAAUUCCAGUUUUAUUGAUAUUUGGUGCAAUAGGAUUUUUUUUAGGAAUUUCUUAUAAGUAUUCGUUAUUUGGAUUUCGGAAACGAUCUCAAAAACAACAAAUAAAAGAAAAGCUAAAAAAAUAA